AUGGCAGAAGGCCCAGCCACCUCUGCUAUUACCAUCCAUGCCCCUCGGUUUGCCAUGGAUAAGCCAGCUCUCUGGUUCGCUCAGGUAGAAGCGCAAUUCCGUAUCAAAGGAAUUGUCACUGAGCUGGACAAAUUCAGCUAUACGGUGUCCCUGAUCGACACACGUAUAGCUGCCGAGGUCGAGGACGUCAUAAAUUCUCCUCCUGCUACCACGCCUUUCCAAGCGCUAAAGAAAGGUCUGGUUGAGCGAUUCACUAAAUCGCGACAGGCCAAUCUUCUCCAGCGGCUGGACCGCGAGAAGCAAGGUGAUCGUUCUCCUUCCCAGCACCUUAGAUACCUGAAAAGCCUGGUCCCAGACAUCGAUGAGGAGGUAUUGAAGGUCAUGUGGCUCUCUCAGCUACCUAAAGCAAUCCAGAUGGGUGUCGCCAUACAAGCGUCCGAUGUGACAGCCGAGAAACUUGGCGAAGCAGCGGACAGCUUGCACGAGAUCCUCCAACCCUCCAACGUUGCUCCGGUCUCCAACGUAGAGCAACAGAUCGCUGCGUUGACGCGCCAAGUCGCCACGCUCACGGCACGACUUUCACGUGACAGGGAGAAGCCCUCUCACUCACGCAGUCGAAGCCGUAGUCGAUCUCGCACUAGGAAAGUGGUUAAGGAUCUCUGCUGGUACCAUAAAAAGUUCGGCAAAAAUGCUAAAAACUGCAGCCCUGGAUGCACCUUUUCGGGAAACUCGAACUAG